CGUAACGAUAUACAAAGUAAUCUUUGAAUAAAUCCCAAAAUGAAGUUUCUCAUUGUUGCAACAUUUGCUGUGCUAUUUUUUGGCGCAGAAAGUCGCAGACUUCAACCAUCUCAGUGCGAAUCGGGAAGAAUCGUAAUAGCUUUGAUGGGAAUCUGCCCUAUGGAAGAUGCGGAAAUCUGCAGAGAUAUUUGUGACGGAACAGAAGUUAAAGAUAUAGAAGAAUGCUCUCUCACGCCAGAAUGUUGUUGGAACGGUCACCAUUGCGCGAUGAAAAUUAUCCCAUCCUAUAUCGUGGAUAAAGACCACACUGUGGGGGAAGAAAAUCAUGACAAGAAAGUCGACACCUCCGAGAAGACGCUUUCCCGUGUAAGACGCCAGUCCUCUAAAAGAAAUGAAAUUAGCAUUGAAGCUAACGCCGAAGGAAAACACGGCAGAGUGGAUGCUGAAUAUAGAAGGGGACAUUAG